AUGUUGCCCUUCAGUGUUGACGCAACUUCUUCUUUCGGUUAUUCAUUUCCACUCUACUCUGCAGACGGUAUCUGUUGUCGACUGACGCAGCCCUGUCCUCGCAAGUACACCCCGCCCGUGCAGUUCCGAGAUUUGGAAGUAAACCGGAAGGGUAUAGAGUACGUGAGAAAACUUGGCAAUGGCAAUUUCGGCGAAGUUCAUUUGGCCGUGCUAAACAAAAACUACACGGUUGCCGUCAAGGUGCUCCUCAACAAUGUCAAUAGCCAGAACGCCAUGGAUCGUGAAAAGUUCCUGGAUGAGGCCAAAGUGAUGCACCAAUUGCGUCAUCCUCGCAUCGUCACUCUCCUGGGAGUCUGCACGGAGCCCCCGGACGAGCCGGUGUGCAUUAUUGUCGAGUACAUGCAAAAGGGAGCACUCUUGAACUUCCUUCAUCGGUCCGAAGGUCAGAGGCUCCUAUUUGCCGACCUAAUAUUUAUGAUAUCUCAGGUAUGUGUCCUCUUCUACCCUCUUUGCUUCAUUUAUUGUUCUGUUGUCUGA